AUGCUUGGAAGGAAUACCAGACUCAUUGGACAUCCAACCGUUUUAAAUUACAUCCAAGCAGUUAAACCUACGAUGAACUCGAACACGUACAAUAGCAGCCUGAUGAUCGUCAUGGGUAUUCUCGCUGCGCUGUUGACGACCGCCGUCGCAGCACCAAUGGAGUCAGAAGACGAACAAGUUGACAAUUCAAUGAUUGCGCGCCCUGAAGAUCUAGCCGAUAUCUCUGAGCCAUGGGACGCUCUGAACACGGCCGCACUACGUAAGCUACUACUGCAAUUGGAUGCUGAUGAGAGGCUGGGACGUGUAGGUCGUUCAUGGCCGCAGGCUGAGCCGCGUGGGUGGGGGCUGCGAGCGAUGGACGGCAGGCUGGCUCGACAGUGGCGCGCCGACAAAAGGCAAGUCCGCUUCCGGCAGUGCUACUUCAAUCCCAUCUCCUGCUUCCGCAAG